CACCGACAAUCUCAAGUACUAUGCCUCAGCAGCAGAUUCGGUGGUGGAACAAUCUCUGAUUCAUCAGUUUCUUCGUCCGUGGAGUCAAGGACCCAUGCUUGAAUCUUGAUCUUUAUCUCUCCCCAUGUUUCCUGCUCUUCCGCUCUGUUUAUUGAGAAGAGAAGCUAAACGAUCCGAUCUUUCUUCAAAGAACGUGAAUGAUGGAACCAUCGAUUCAGAGUCUCAUAAAGGAGAGGAAAUACCCCUUUCUCUUCGCUUUCUUUGUCCUUCUCCUAUGCGUCUCUCUUCUUCUUCUAUCCAUCAACAACCGUUUCUCUUACCUAUCCGUCACUGAUCUCCAGAAAUCUAGUCCGAUCUCUUCCUUUUCUGAUGAUGCCUCGAAUGCAUCUCCUCCACCUCGUCGUCUUCCUUCUCCUCCUCUUACUCGCACCUCAAGCUCUGACAAGAAAGAGAAAGCACGAGACGGGCCAGCAGUUCCUUCUCCGCCUGAUCGGACUUCCAACGGCGAUAGAGGAUUGGGUUUAAUGACGUGGGAGCUAUGUAAGAUUGAGGGAUCGGUCGCUGUUGAUUACAUACCCUGUCUUGAUAACAUGAAGGCAAUAAAGGCGUUGAAGUCGAGACGGCACAUGGAGCACAGGGAGCGCCACUGCCCCGAUCCUAGCCCCCGCUGUUUACUUCCUCUUCCCCAGGGUUAUAAAAUACCCGUUCCCUGGCCGAGGAGUAGGGACAUGAUUUGGUUUGGCAACGUCCCUCAUCCUAAACUUGUUGAAUACAAGAAGGACCAGAACUGGGUGCGGAGGUCUGGUGAUUACUUUGUUUUCCCUGGAGGUGGUACUCAAUUUAAAGGAGGAGUGAAGAGCUAUGUUGAGUUUAUAGAGAAGACUCUACCAAGUAUUGGAUGGGGAAAACAAACAAGGAUUAUUCUAGACGUUGGUUGUGGUGUUGCAAGCUUUGGUGGCUACUUGUUGGAGAAAGAUGUUCUCACCAUGUCAUUUGCUCCAAAGGAUGAGCAUGAAGCUCAGAUACAGUUUGCUUUGGAGCGGGGUAUUCCUGCUGUUCUUUCUGUCAUUGCGACGCAGAGGUUGACCUUUCCUGAUAAUGUCUAUGAUUUGAUUCACUGUGCACGAUGCAGGGUCCACUGGGAUGGAGAUGGUGGAAAGCCACUAAUGGAGCUCAACAGAAUCCUUAGGCCUGGAGGAUUUUUUGUAUGGUCAGCUACACCUGUUUAUCGUGAUGAUUCAAGGGACCUGGGUGUCUGGAAUUCUAUGGUAGCUUUGACAGAGUCCAUCUGCUGGAAAAUGGUAGCUAAGACUGUAGACUCAGAUGGAAUUGGGCUUGUAAUAUAUCAGAAGCCUAUCUCGAAUACUUGUUAUGAGGAACGCAAAGAAAGUGAUCCCCCAUUGUGUGAUCAAAAGGAUAUUCAAAACACUUCAUGGUAUGUACCCCUUCGCAGAUGUCUUCCCCCUCUUCCGCAAAGGGGCUCAGAUAACUGGCCCACACCCUGGCCUGAAAGGCUCAGCAGUAUAUCUCCAAGGCUAUCAAUGGAGCCAAAAGUUGAAGAAAUCCUUUCUGAAGACACAAAACACUGGUCUUUACGCAUAUCAGAUGUUUAUUCGGGUGGCCUGGCAAUCAACUGGUCAAGCACACGGAACGUAAUGGAUAUGAAUGCUGGUUAUGGGGGAUUUGCUGCAGCACUUAUUGACCAACCUCUUUGGGUGAUGAAUGUUGUACCCAUCAAUGGACCAGAUACACUAGCUGUAAUUUUCGAUAGAGGGUUGAUUGGAAUUUAUCAUGAUUGGUGUGAAGCUUUCAACACGUAUCCUCGAACUUAUGAUCUCCUGCACUCCAGUUACUUAUUUGGAAAUCUAACACAGAGGUGUGACAUUGCGGUGGUGAUAGCGGAGAUGGAUCGGAUAUUGAGACCGGGUGGAUGGAUUUUGGUUCAAGACAAAAUGGAAAUGAUUCACAAGCUGAUUCCCAUUUUUAAGUCGCUGCACUGGGAGAUUACUGCACAAGAGGAACAGUUCCUUGUUGGUAAAAAGGGUUUUUGGCGUCCGGUGGAUAGAGGAGCCAAAACAUGAUUUGAUAAAAGUCAUUCAUGGAACAUCUUGUAGUUCAAAUGCCAGUGAUAUGGAACAAUUACACCCGAAAAAUACAUGGCCUGUUUUUUCACCAUUGCCCCGUUGAGUUAUGAUUUGUUGGGUGUCAUCUCUCAGCAGGACUCCUUGGAUGGUACCUGCAUGUGGGCCAUAUCACCUUCCUCCUCUGUUAUUGAUAAAGGGUUAAUCCUGAAAGUUGCAGAAUCAAUUGGCCGUGGCAUUCUUUAUGUAG